AAAAAGCUGAAAAUAAAAAUCUACUGAAAAUAAAAAUGUUAAUUGAAUGAAAAAAAAAAAUUGAUUUGUGCUUGGCCUUUUGGUGUCAAACAGUCAAAUUUUGACACUCCAAUGUCAGGUUUACAACAAAACAGUUCCGGCGCAACAUCUCGCAGUUCCGACCUCGAAGCAAAAUGCUGCGUCGCCCUGCAGCGCUGGGUGUUUUGCCUCCUCGCCUUUUUGGCCGUCUUCAUCUCCGCAACCAUGUACUCCCUCCCUUCUCUGGUCGAAGAGACGAAAACCAUACGAGUGAAGAACAUAAACAGUUCCGAUUAUUGUGCCUCAAAAAUCAACUACACUCGGACCGUUGUCGUAAUAAACGACACCACGCUCUAUGCCAUACACUGGGGCUAUUUGGUGUCAAGUCUGCCAGCAGCGGUCGUCUCUGACCAAUUCGGCGGCAAAUACGUGGUGACUUUAAGCCUGCUUUUUUCCUCGUUCUGGUGCUUGAUCAACCCGGCCAUGGCGGCUUUGAGCAAAAGAAGGCCGGGCUGGAUGGCCGGCACUAGGUUUUUCCGGGGGUUUUUCAAAGGGUUUGCUUUUCCGGCAAUUAUGUCCCUUCUGGCCCGAUGGGCGCCUGAUACGGAGAGAACAACCAUGACGGCCCUAGUUUACGGUAGUUAUCUGCUGGCCUAUCUCCUGACAAGAGAAAUCCGGAAAAUGAUAACAAAUGAAGGAUGCUACUUGGUGUUUGGUUCCUUAGGGGUUAUUUAUAGCCUACUUUGGCACUUGUUUUUGUACCCAAGUCCGGACGAACACCCUUCCAUUAUGGGCAGUGAGCUCAAAUAUCUGGACGAGAAUACCGAAGAUAAGCCCAUCGAAGGGCGUAAAAAAAUCCCAUGGCUACAAAUGUUGACAUCACGGCCUGUGUUAGCUCUUUGGUUCUUUGAAAUUGGACAGUCCUGGACUUGGGUCAGCUUCAUACACGCGUACGAUGUCUAUUUGCCGCAAGUUUUGAAACUCACAGACAGCGAUAAUAAUGUACUGAUGACUCCGUUGUAUUUAUCGUUUGGUUUAGCGGUCAUUUUCGGUUUUAUUUCCGACUGGUUUAUCAAAGGGAAGCAUCUCAGUGUGACCACGAUGCGGAAAAUCGCAGCUUCUCUUGGAAAUACCGGAGCUGCUUGCAGUUACAUGUUUGCGAUUUUCCGCCGCUGCAGCACAAAUGCUGUAAUGAUCCAUUUUGCACUCGGCAUGUGUUUUGAAGCAUUUAUCUCUUCGUCGAGUCGUGUCAAUCAUUUGGACUUGACGUCCAAUUUCGUGGGAACUUUGCUGGGAAUUUCGCAAACUCUUGCUCAGAUUUUGUUAUAUGUGGGACUUUCACAGCUUCCAGUUUUACUAAAACCUGAAAGCAGUUUGACACAAUGGGCGGCUCUGUUCUGGUUCACUCUGGGGCUCAAUGUUGUUUCAACGACGAUUUACCUGGUCUUUGGAAGCGGCGUCAGACAAGAAUGGAAUUUCGUUCAAUAAAUAAAAUAAAUUUUAUCUUUAUUUAAACCCACAUUUUUCAUUUAUUAAAAUAAAUGGUAAAUACAGAAAAAAACACGUUUUUUUGUGCUAAUAAUGAAAAUAAACCACUUGCGCCGCUUCGUAGAUGAAAGACUUUGGCAAACAACUUCAAAUCUUCAAUAAUAUAAGGGUUUAGAUUGUCAUUGUAGUCCAAGAUUUCGACAGUGGGUUCGUACUUAAGCUCAAAUCUUAAGUACGUGAGUUGAUUUCCGGUCAAAUUGAACGAAUGGAAAUUACGGCCCUGGAAAAUUUUAACCGGAAUGUUGUUUAUGGCAUUGUACCGCAAAUCAACGGUCAAGUUAUCGGCGGUCAUAUUUCCAAAAACGUUCGGAUUAAUUUCCGAAAUUUUGUUUAAACCCAAGUAUAAAGCAGAUCCGUCGACUUGCAGGAACUUGAAGCUGUGUUCGUUCAGAUGUUGGAUUCGGUUAUUUUCUAAACUCAAAGUGUCCAAAUUUGGAACGUUUACAAAAAAGUCACUAUUGUACAUUCGGAUUCUGUUCGACUGUAAACUAAUAGUCUUCACGUUGGUUAGAUUAAAAAAGGCCUCAGGAUCAAUCAUUUCGAUGAGAUUUCCGUCCAAAUAGAACCACUUUAUUUCAAGAUUCUUAAAAGUGUGUUUCCUUAAGGCCUGGAUAGGGUUCUGGCUUAUCUGCAAUGCACUAGGGUGGUACUUUGUGUUCAUCAAAAAUUCAGUCUCAAUUUCCUCCACAUUGCAGUCAUCAAUAGUCAGAUAGUCAACAGAAUGACUAAAAUUGAAAUGUUUUGUGCACAGCAUCGACAUAUCGCUGGUAAUGGCGGCACUAAACACUUCAAAAUCGGUAGUCAUGGUGAAAUCUUCAAAUUUGUGUGGAAUUCCCGGAGGGCUGAAACUUUCAGUUAAUACGUAUCUUAUUUUUUCGUUAAAGUCGCAAGGAGGGCGUGGGGUUUUGUCGCUUUUGCAGCAAUAAAUUCGGGGAAAAAUCAAGAGGGUGGAAAACCACAAUCGAAACAUUUUGUCAGUGAAGCAAAUCUUUUGAAAUCUCGCUUUUAAAAGCACGGUUGCGGCAAUCGGGAGAAAAUUACUUUGUUGUUCACGAGAUUUUGUAACCGAAUGCUUUCAACAAAAAUCAAUGUGCAGGGUUAAGAAACAAAUUCGGUCAUUGUUUCAUCGUUUUAUUAAAAAAAUAGUCAUUCAAAAUAAUUUCCCACAAGUUUUUUUAACGAAUAACUCAAAAAAUAACACAUUAUUUAGUAAACCGGAGAGCAAAUCGGUUAAAAAAUUGAGGAAUACAGAAGAAAUCCUGAGGAAGUCCAAAAAUAUCAGAAAAAAAAUUAAUAAAUAAUCAAAGGAAGUUUUGAGGAAUUCUUGAGAAAUCAUGUUAAAAAAUUAGAGGAAAUAUUGGAGAAAUCCUGGGCUAAUCAGAGGAAAUCAUGGGAAAUAAUUAUGAAAUCAGAAGAAAUUGUGAAGGAAAUCUUAAGGAAUCAUAAAAAAAUUUGGGGAAAUAUUGGGGAAAUCAGGGGAAACCACGUGAAAUAAUUAUUAAAUCAUGGGAAAUCUUGACGAAAUCAUUUGAAAUUAUUUUAAAUACUAGGUCAAAUACUGGGGAUUUUUUGAGAAAAUUAGGAGAAUUUAGGGGAAAUUAAAGGAAAUCAGGGAAAAUAGUAUAAGCAAAUCGGUUAAAAAAUUGAGGAAAUCACUUA